AUGGCCGCCGCUGCUUCGCUAGGAGCAUCGCCGCAGACACCUUCGUCCCGACCUACACCACAUGCACCGACACAUGUCUCCUCCAGGAAAGAGGAGGGUGGUGAUGGUCUUGCCAACGACUUGAUACGCUACACUCCCGUCCCUACCCUCAUUCUAGACGCUUCCCUUCAUGUCCGCUUCAUCUCAGACAGCUACAGCUUGGUCUCAGGCGCGAGCAACAAUGACGGGCUGGUAGGACGGCAUGCCCAUAACUUAUUCUCCCACACCGACGCCCUCUACCACCUUGCCUCUCCCCAGAACCUCAUUCGGCUGGCCAUCGACACGGGCUGUCGGCAGCAGGUAAAAGUGCUCGACGCUGGCACCGUCUGGAAUCUGCGCAUCAUCCCCAUACGCCGCCAUGAUAGUAGCCUGUGCUACGUCCAAAUGGAGUAUCAUGACAUGACCGAGGAGCAUCGGCGGCAGCUCGAGCUGGAAGAGCGCGUGCACGCAAACGAGACGUUCAAGAUCCUAGUCGAGACGGUCAAGGACUACGCCAUUUUCAUGCUUGAUCCAGAUGGCUUUGUUGCGACCUGGAAUGCAGGGGCGCAGGCGUUCAAAGGCUACACCAAAGCCGAAAUCAUAGGCCAGCACUUCUCCAAUUUCUACAGCCAGGAGGACCGCGACAACGGCAAACCAGCGCGAGAACUGCGGGAUGCGCUCCGUGAAGGACGGUGCGAAGAUGAAGGAUGGCGAUAUCGCAAAGAUGGCUCAAGGUUCUGGGCCAACGUCGUCAUCACCCCCAUCUAUCGAAAUGAUGUCCUCAUCGGCUUCUCCAAGGUCACGAGGGACCUGACGGAGAGGCGCAAGGCGGAAACCAGUCUGAUUACUGCCUACGAAGAGGCCUCGAAUCUCAAGUCGGAAUUCUUGCAAAACAUGAGCCACGAGAUUCGCACGCCAAUGCACGGCAUGCUAUCGGCCUUGACAUUACUAUUAGACACCAAACUGGAUCCCAAUCAGCUGGAACUGACGCAGGUCAUCCAGGAAUCUGGACAGGUACUCCUCCAGGUCAUCAACGACAUUCUCGACUACAGCAAGCUUGCAUCUGGCAGCUUCUCCAUCAGCAAUGACGUGAUCAGUGUCACCGAUAUUGUGCAAUCAGUCUUUCGGGCACAUCAAGCUUGCUACAGUCCUCAUGUCAAGCUUGAGAGCUUCCUCGACACGCAACUGCCCACCUCAGCCGAGGGGGACGCCCUACGAUACCGCCAGAUUGUGCAGAACCUGCUCUCCAACGCCCUGAAAUUCACAGAGGAAGGCUAUGUGCACAUUGUCGCUCGCCUGGAAAAAGAAGACGACGAGUACUUUACAAUCCUAACAGAGGUGGUCGACACAGGCAUUGGUGUGCCUGCGAGUGGCACCUCCACCUUAUUCACCCCCUUUACCCAAUUCGACAACUCGGCCACCAAACGAUACAAAGGAACAGGCCUGGGCCUCAGCAUCUGCAAGAGCCUAGCCGAACUCAUGGGCGGCACCAUUGGCUUCCACCCCAACCCCGAAGGCCGCGGAAGCGUCUUCUGGUUCACCGCCAAGCUGAAAAAAUGCAAACAACUAACCAUCAUCGACGCCCUGCCCUUUAAACUCGACGCCCUCGCCCUAGACCCUCAAACCCCCAAGCCCCCUUCUCCCAUGGAAACCCUCAAAUCCGCUGCUGCAGGCACCCGCAUCCUACUCGCAGAAGACAACCCCAUCAACCGCAAAGUCAUGCUGAAAAUGCUGGCUGGCCUCGGCUUCCCCGCCAUCGACACCGCCAUUGACGGCCACGACGCCGUCGCCAAGAUUCUGCGCGACCCGCUCGCCUACGACUUUGUCCUCAUGGACGUCAAUAUGCCGGUGCUCGAUGGCGUCAGUGCAACAAAGCAACUCCGCGCCAGCGGCGUGGCGAUGCCGAUUGUCGCCAUGACGGCGAAUGCGCUCAAGGGCCAGGCGGAGUCGUAUAUUGCAAAGGGUAUGACGGGGUAUAUUGCUAAACCUGUGGAUCGCAAUCUUUUGGUUAAGCUGCUGCUCAAGUGUUUGAAUCGCGAGGGUACGGGGUGA